CCCUCCCUCUCCCAUUCUCCUCUUGUACAAGAACAAUUGCAACUGCAGAGUCAUUCCCGCGAUAACCAGUAACAUCUUUCGUGUCCCAGAAACGACUACACUCUAAGAAUUCGAGAACAGUUCACCCACAAACUCUGGAACAGAGAGAAAUUACGAUCGCCAUGGAGGACCAAAACUACGUUGUGUUCGAUCGUGACCCCAACAAGUUUUCUAAGCAGACACUUGAAAAGGUUGCUCGUACCAAACAUCACAUUGAGCAUUUCUAUAAACUGGCCGUAAAUCAUGCAAUUGAGAGAAACCAAAGGCGAAUUGAACUGGAAAAGAAGUUAUCUACUGAAAGAGGUUCUGAGGAAAGAAAGAACCGGCAAUUACGUGCGUCUGGAGAGCGUGAAUCUCAGUUUCUGAGAUUCAGAAGAACUCGUCUUUCGUUAGAUGACUUUUACACUGUCAAGGUUAUCGGCAAAGGCGCUUUUGGUGAAGUUCGUUUGGUUCAAAAACUCGACAAUGGAAAAAUUUACGCCAUGAAGACUCUGUUGAAAUCUGAAAUGAAGAAACGAGAUCAACUGGCACAUGUUAAGGCUGAGCGUGAUCUGCUUGUGGAAUCCGAUUCGCCAUGGGUUGUCUCCCUUUACUACGCCUUCCAAGACGCUCAAUACCUAUAUCUAAUCAUGGAGUUUCUACCUGGCGGUGAUUUGAUGACGAUGCUAAUUAAUUACGACACUUUUUCUGAGGACGUGACACGCUUUUACAUGGCCGAGUGUGUACUGGCCAUCUCAACCGUGCAUAACAUGGGUUACAUUCACCGCGACAUUAAACCGGAUAAUAUCCUUAUUGAUCGCGACGGUCACAUCAAGUUGUCAGAUUUUGGUCUUUCAACUGGUUUCCAUCGUCAGUACGAUAAUUCUGCUUACACUCGUCCUCCUCCAGAAGGACAAAGUAAACGCAACACCGUGAUGGUUGAUGCCAUUUGGUUGACCAUGUCAUCCAAGGAUAAGAUGGCGACGUGGAAAAAGAACCGACGCAUUAUGGCCUACAGUACUGUGGGUACACCCGACUACAUUGCCCCGGAGAUUUUCUUGCAACAAGGUUACGGCCAAGACUGCGACUGGUGGAGUUUGGGUGCUAUCAUGUACGAAUGUCUUAUCGGGUGGCCUCCGUUCUGUAGCGAAAAUUCGCAUGAGACAUAUCGUAAAAUCAUUAACUGGCGCGAAACGCUGGUUUUCCCGGAAGAUGUGCAUCUUAGUCCCGAGGCACAGGAUCUCAUUUGCCGUCUGCUCACAGAUUCCGAACAUCGUCUGGGUCGCGGCGGUGUUGAGGAAAUUAUGCACCAUCCAUUUUUCGCUGGUGUCGACUGGGGAAGCAUUCGUGCCAUUGAAGCACCCUUUGUACCAUCAUUGAAAUCUAUCACCGACACGAGCUAUUUCCCUACGGACGAGCUGGAACAGGUUCCUACACAACCGGAGGCCCAACCGUACGGAACACAAGCAGGUUACGAGGCGAUGGACGAUUCAAACUUGGCGUUUGUUGGUUACACUUACAAGAAGUUUAACGACCUCACAAUGCGAGGUGUCUUGUAAUAGUACUGUAGCCGCUUCUGGAUUCCCUUCAGCCGUCUUACCUUGACCGUGUGUUCUAGUGCCGUAAGCUACAUACUCUCUUUGGGUGUUAAGGUUGGUUUAUCUACUGCCAUCUUAUUUAUUUAUUUUUUAACUGGUCACAACUUACAGUCUUAGCAAUGAACAUAGAUUAUCCAUGAUGCCAGUUGGAUUUCUUACACCGGAUGAACUUUAGGAAAUGGACCUACAAACCUUCUCGCUUACAUCAAAGAAGAAAAAUUAAACUCAAACGAUUUUACAACUAUUCGCUGCUAACGAACAAUGCAGUUUCCCGUUUUCGCUUUUCAGCUGCCUCAGUUGUUUUUCCCGGGCUUCGCAGUACCCCACCACCCCCACUUUAAACGAUCUUUCUUCUUACCGAGAAUUUGACUUACCGUUUGUAAAUAAC